AUGCGCUUUGGACGCAAUCUUCACCAGCGCCGGAUACCUGAAUGGACUUCGUUCUACCUGAAUUACAACCAACUAAAACAGGAGAUCAAGAGCAUCUUCAUAAAGGCUGCUGAACACAAACAUGGCCUAGACUUCACAAAUUUCUGGAACCCUCUCCACACCGCGAUUCUCAACGUCGAGUCUUUCUACAUGGCCAGAUUGACCGACAUCGAAACAAGAAGUGUUUUAUUAUUCAAGCAGUUAACCUCAACAUCAACUGUGCUGCAGCUAACGGCUUUGAACGAUGCGGACACAGGUACUUCUAGGAGCUUGCUCGCUGCCUGUCUACAGCUACGACUUGACUUGAAGAGGCUGCUUUGGUAUGGGAAAGCCAAUAGACACGGGUUUAUUUGCCUGUUACGUAAGCUUCAAGGGACCCCCAACAUUCGUGUACCGUCGAAUGUAGAGCUCAGCCAAUACGAAUUUGUCAGUCAAUGUCGGACUUGGCGCAAGAUCGAAAGUAUCGAAGAAUCAAUCCUUACUUUCAGGAAGUGGGCAUACGCUUCCGAUUACACGGCCUUGGCUCCAUCACUAUCCCUGGUUGGAGCCUUGGGACUUGCAACCCAGUCGACUUUAUCUCAGGAUUUAGGAAUGUUCCUUGAGAGACCAAUUGCCCAAGAUGAUGUUUCUGGUUUACAAGAGGUGGUUCGGAAAGCAUCGUUGGCUACAAGUAAGAUGCAUUUGUCUUCUCCGCAUAUGCAACUUCUGCUUCUCGAUCUGGCAAUUAUGUACGGAUCCAAGAAGUGCAUGCUUGACUUGCUGUCUCAAUUCGAUCUCAAGAAGAACGAUGGUUUCCAAUCACAAGACAACUUCCUCCACCGCUUGAUCAUUCGUGUUGGACAAUCCUCGAUUCUAAGAGAAGAUGUCAACCGUUUCGCACCAGAAGGAGCCGUCCUCCAUGCAAUCCAAAACGAGGAAAUCAAAUGCCAAUCAUUGCUGGCUCUCAUACUAAGCAAUCUGAAUCCAAAUCACGCCGAAAUUCUACUACGAAAAGAUAAAUUUGGAAGAUUGCCUCUUCAUUAUGCUGCAAUCUAUGGCUUGGAUAAAGUUUGCGCGCAAAUUAUCAACUUUAACGGAAAAGUGGCAGCUGAAAGAAUACGCUCGAGCCAAAUCCUUGGAGGAUUCUGA